CCAGAUCCAAGAACUGAGAGUACAUUUAAAUGUAAGCUGAAGACAAAGUUCCAUUGUGUGUUUGAGGGAAUGACUCAACCAGGAAACCGAACUGCUCUGAAUCAGAUCUACAUUGAGCUACACGUCAUAGAAGGAGAGACCGGCGAGGUCAAUGAUGAACAUGAGAUCAGACAGAUUGAAACAGCAAUCAGGAAAUCAAACAGAGCAGAAACAAAAAUCAGACAUGAAAACCUCUUUAAAGCCUCGCAUGGAAGAGACAAACCAAUCAGAGCAGUGCUGACAAAGGGAGUCGCUGGCAUUGGAAAAACAUUCCUAACACAGAAGUUCACUCUGGACUGGGCUGAAGGCAAAACCAACCAGGACAUCCAGUUCAUGUUUCCAUUCACUUUCAGAGAGCUGAAUGUGCUGAAAGAUAAAAAGUUCAGUUUGGUGGAACUUGUUCAUUAUUUUUUUAGGGAAAUCAAGGAAGCAGGAAUCUGCAGAUUUGAAGACUUCAAGGUUGUGUUCAUCUUUGAUGGUCUGGAUGAGUGUCGACUUCCUCUGGACUUCCACAACACUGAGAUCCUGACUGAUGUUACAAAGUCCACAUCAGUGGAUGUGCUGCUGACAAACCUCAUCAGGGGGAAUCUGCUUCCUUCUGCUUACAUCUGGAUAACCACACGACCUGCAGCAGCCAAUCAGAUCCCUGCUGAGUGUAUAGACAUGGUUACAGAGGUCAGAGGGUUCACUAACCCAAAGAAAGAGGAGUACUUCAAGAAAAAAUUUGAAGAUGAGAAGCAGGCCAAUGGCAUAAUUGCCCACAUCAAAAGAUCACGAAGCCUCCACAUCAUGUGCCACAUCCCAGUCUUCUGCUGGAUCACUGCUACAGUUCUGGAAAAAGUAUCAAAUACCAGAGAGGAAAAAAAACUGCCCAAGACCCUGACUGAGAUGUACAUCCACUUCCUGGUGGUUCAGAAAAAAAUGAAAAACAUCAAGUAUGAUAGAGAAUCUGAGUCAGAUCCACACUGGAGUCCAGAGAGCAAGAAGAUGAUUGAGGCUCUGGGGAAACUGGCUUUUGAGCAGCUGCAGAAAGGCAACCUGAUCUUCUAUGAAUCAGAGCUGACAGAGUGUGGCAUCAAUAUCAGAGAGGCCUCAGUGUACUCAGGAGUGUUCACACAGAUCUUUAAAGAAGAGAGAGGGCUCUACCAGGAGAAGGUGUUCUGCUUCAUCCAUCUGAGUGUUCAGGAGUUUCUGGCUGCUCUUCAUGUCCAUCUGACAUUCACCAACUCUGGUGUCAACCUGCUGGAAGAAGAACAAACAGCAUCAGUGCCGACUGAAGAGCCUUCAGUGAGACACUUCUACCAGAGUGCUGUGGACAAGGCCUUAGAGAGUCCAAAUGGACACCUGGACUUGUUCCUCCGGUUCCUCCUGGGUCUUUCACUGCAGACCAAUCAGAAUCUCCUACAAGGCCUCCUGACGCAGACAGGAAGUGGCUUGCAAAUCUAUCAGGAAACAAUCCAGCACAUAAAAAAUAAAAUGAAUGAGAAUCUCUCUCCAGAGAAAAGCAUCAAUCUGCUCCACUGUCUGAAUGAACUGAAUGAUCAAUCUAUAGUAAAGCAGGUCCAACGUUAUCUGAGUUCAGGAAACCUGAGUAUAGUUAAUCUUUCUCCAGCUCAGUGGUCAGCUCUGGUCUUCAUCCUUUCAUCAUCAGAAGAAGAUCUGGAUAAAUUUGACCUUAAGAAAUAUUCAGCUUCAGAGGAGGCUCUACUGAGGCUGCUGCCAGUGAUCAAAGCCUCCAAGAAAGCUCUGCUCAGUGGCUGUAACCUCACAGAUAGAAGCUGUGAAGCUCUGUCCUCAGUUCUCAGUUCCCCGUCCUCUAGACUGACAGAACUGGAUAUGAGCAACAACGACCUGCAGGACUCAGGAGUGGAGCUGCUGUGUGCUGGACUUGGGAGUCCACACUGUAAACUGGAAACCCUCAGAUUGUCAGGCUGUCUGAUCACAGAGAAAGGCUGUAGUUUUCUAGCUUCAGCUUUGAGCACCAACUCCUCUCAUCUGAAGGAGCUGGACUUGAGCUACAAUCAUCCAGGAGACUUGGGAAUAAAAUUGCUGUCUGCUCAACUGGAGGAUCCCCAUUCAAAACUCAAGCUGGAGCCUCAUGGAGUCCAGUGGUUGAGACCAGGUCCAAGGAAAUAUUUCUAUGAUCUGACUCUGGAUCCAAACACAGUGCACAGAAACCUCAAACUGUCUGACAACAACAGGAAGGUGACACGUGUGGAAGAGGAGCAGUCGUAUCCUGAUCAUCCUGAAAGGUUUGAUCACUGGUUUCAGCUGAUGUGCACUAACAGUCUGACUGGUCGCUGUUACUGGGAGGUUGAAUGGAGUGGAGAGGUUCGUAUUGCAGUAGCUUAUGGAGGAAUCAGACGGAAAGGAGACGGAGAUGACAGCUGGUUUGGAAGGACUGAUCAGUCCUGGUGUCUCUCCUGUAAUGAGGAUAGUGGUUACUUUGCAAGUCACAAUUAUAAUUCAAGAGGGAUCACUGUUUCCUCAGCCUGUGACUCUCACAAAGUAGCGGUGUAUGUGGACUAUCCUGCUGGCACUCUGUCCUUCUACAGUGUAUUUUCUGACAAACUGAUGCACCUCCACACCUUCAACACCACAUUCAGUGAAACUCUGUAUGCUGGGUUUAGAGUGAAGUCACUUGGUUCCAGUGUCUGUCUCAGUGUUAACUCAGAAUAGUGAAUUUACUAUGAAGAAAAAAAAAAUCUCAUAUCGGGAGAAAAACGUGUAUGGAUGUAUUUUUUUUUUAACAGAAUGGUGCAGUCUAGCAAA